UAAAUAACUAUGUUAAGAGAUGAACACGAUCAUUAUCUAUGAACACGAUAUUCAACUCAAAAAAUUUCCAAUCAUUUUGAAAUAAUAUGUUUAUACUUGUUAAUUUUAAACAAACGAAAUUGGUCUUGUUAAGUUAAAAUUAAGUUUACUAUCUUAAACUGCUUAACCCCGAGAAAAAUUUGGUGAAAUACUAUUCGUUUUUAAACAAAUGUUAAGUGUUGUUAGCUUUGUGUAAAAUUUAAAACAGAAUGGUGUAUUUAUUCAUUUUCGGGACCUUUUUUUUUUGUGGAAAAUUAUAUUAUAACUGUUAUUGUUGUUGGUGCACUUGGUUGUUUUCAUUUUUUUGUUGUUUUUUUUGGAGGGAACAGAACAAGUUAAAUUAGGAAUGCCUGUUUGUUUUUGGGUGUGAAGAAAAAAUAAUUAUUGACCUGGAAAUGUACAAAUUUGAUUUUAUGAAACAUGGCAGGCGAUUCCACCACCCUCCUGGCGCUGUCCAAGGUGCUUGGCCACUUCUCUCUCAAGGAGAUGAAGGAAGCUGUCAUCCCAGUUUUUGACAGCAAGGUCACCUUCAGUGAAGUGAGGAAAAUCAUGCUCAAAGAAAAUUUGUCUAUGUCAGCCAAGUGGACGCGAGAAGUUGUCCUGAGAAAAAUGAGCGAGGAACACAGACAUUAUCUGCAAGACAAGAUUUUUUAUUUAAAAUUACUUGACGUGGCUCUGCACGCGAGGAAACGCUGGACUUCGUGGGAGCUCAAGGAUAUGUUGGAGGCAGAAGACCGCUGGGUAGAGGAGAACAUAUUGCGCAAUGAAAUCCAGCACUGCUUCACUAGAGAAAAUUUAUUUGGGGUGUUUCAGGUGAUCUUGCAGCAGGGGAUAUUCUGGAUACUGAUCUGCUUGAAAUCGAAAAAUUUGGACAAGGGCAUUAAGUACCAUUCGCCGUUGUACUUCGCCUACGUUCCCGGGGAUGUCUACUUGUUCACAAUCAGGACAAUUCCGAAGGACGUUUUCAAGUUACUGACUAAGUCAGUUCUGGGGUACAGCAAAGUACAUAAGUGUUUGCUGACUGGACACUCUGUCAGCUCACUGUUCAAGCUCUUGAAGAACAAAGAACAGAAAGCUGUCAGUUGGAGGGACGUGGACGAAAAAUUUCUCUACCGCAGUCUCUCAAAAUUUGAAGUGGUCGAAUCAUCGAGAGGCUUGAACUUCGUCCAGAGCAGAAAGAGGCAAACGUACGCAAAAAACUGCAUUGGCGAGGAUCCUCCGGUUAUAGAUAAUUUUGUCAUUAAGGCUGAUGACAACAAGUGGAAGGGUGGUCCGGUAGUGCCCCACUUCAUGGGGAAAAACUUUGACACAGUGUUGAUCCUGAAGUCGAAGCACGUAUCGUACACUGUGGAGAAGCUCAUUGUGUAUGGGGUCAUCACCUCGCCAGCUCCGCCCCAUUUCGAGAAACUCAACUCGAUUGGCAGCAACGACUUGCUGAUAGUGCCCGAUGAGUCCGUCUUGGAGGAAGAAGGUGAUUGACUUCUAAAUUAUGCGUAGGGCUUACAAGAGGACGGAGUUUUAAUGCUUAUUCGUGAUAAGUGCCAUUUGCCUGCAUUUAUUUUAUUUCUUACCUGACUACUUUAUUGUGCAUUUUAUUUUAUAUAUAAAGACAUAGUUGGAGUCUAGUAAGACCUCAAAUUUAAUAUGUACAGCUUUAUUAUGUUUUUAGUCUAUUUAGUGUUGUAUAUUUUACUAUGUUCACUAUUUUAAUGUGUUGUACUGAUGGCUUUUUAUCUAAUUUUAAAACUGUGUAUAAGUAUUUAUUAAAUUGUUUGUAACAACCAA